CCGUUGGAGAUAAAGAUACAAGUUUAGAGAUGAGAUUGCUUGCCUAUGGAGAAAAAAUGUCUUUUCAUGAAGAUUUUAAGGGUGCUUCUCCAAUAAAAUUACACUUAAAAUUCAUUCCCAUUACCAUAAUUAUUAACGACUAUCAAACGGGCCGGUAGGUGUUCUCGGGAUCAUAUAGAACUAUGUGCUCCCAAGUAAUAUAUAUAUAUUUUUUUUAUUUGUCACAUAUUUUGUUUAAAUGAGAAAAUUAUAAAAUAUAGAAAUAUAAAAUGUGAAAAAGAAUCAUGAAAGACCCCCUUAAACUAGGCGCUCCUGCCUCCUAGAAGGACAUGGCUGAUGGCCGCACCAUGGAGACUUUGACAAACUACAUGGAAAUUCAUUACCAUAAUCACCAUUUAUUACCAUCUAUCAAAUGAACCGUCAGGGUUAUGGUGGAGCUAGUUUGCAGGCUCAUUGGAUUGAAUGUGUCUCCUCAUACAUUAAUUUACUGCAUUAUUUAUCUUUUAAGGAUUGAAUCAAAUGGGAUAGCUGAUUUUUUUACUAGUCCCUCAGUUGCUUUUAAAAUUUAUAUAGGCUAUUCACCUAAAUAAAGAAGGUCUUGGUUAUCAAGUACAUUGAUGAAUGUAUUGCAUUGACACCUGAUAUAUAACAUGGUUUUGCAAAAGUGAUGGAUAAUAUGAGAUGUAAUGUUAGUUGAGAGUACUGAAGUUCCUUUGUCUUAAAGAAAGAAACUGAUUCAGUUGUCACAUUUGGGUUUUGGCAGAUCCAGUCUACUUGUACGUUAUAAAUAGAUAGCAGGACUUGCUUUUUAGUAAUAUGACCAUUAAGUUGUUUUAACGUUGUCUUGUGUAGCUAGGAAUCCAGUUGUAAUAUGAGGAAGGAUAUGGGAAACUUAAUAAUUUGUUGAAUGCCGAUGUACCAUUAUAAAAGGAAUUCGACCUGUCUACACCUAUAUGUCUGGGAAAAUUGCAAGAUCCGUGUUCGAGAAAGGAAGUAGAUCUUUCAAAGAUAACAUCUGAAGUUCAAGCUGAGUUUCUUUACUUGUUUAAAGCCUUUUAGUAUAUGUAUGUUAGAACACUACCGAGUUCAGGGUUUUGUUUCGUCAUGGAAGCAAACAGAAGAUGGGUGACAGAACCUUUUCUAUAUGACUGGUUGGACCAAAAGCUAGUAAACUUGUGAAUAAGUUAUAUAUAGAUGCAAGCAGCAAAUUUUUCUUCGAAAUGGUGAACUUAUUGUUCCUAAUCUUCGACCUUAUGCUCUUAAUAAUGUAUAUUGCCAAGAGUUCAGCUCCUUCUUGAGCUUGGAGAUGACAGUUGCAAAUGGCUAGAUAUCUUGGGUUCCAGUUCCCACCCAUAUGCAACCCAAGAUCUUUAAGAGGAGCCCUUUAAGGAUAUAAUUUCAUGUUGCCAAUAGUCGAUCUUCUUUCUAACCUUGGAGAUCUUGGGGACUUGGGGUUCCAAAAGCUUAGAUAGAUGUCUUGGUUCCCACCCACUUCCAUCUCAAGUAAAAGGCAUAAAUCCGAGGUUUGCAGUAGUGCCAAUGGCGAUUUUACCAUUCAGGAUGCGUUUCACAUGCUUGAUGCUGAUUUCUUCAGUAACAAUAAGAUGGUUGAUAUCGUAAAGGAGGCUUCAGAAUUCAAUCUCCCUGUUGCUAGAGCUGAUCGCAAGUUAGUAGCUACUUCUAAUGGGGGACUGAAAUAUCCAUCUGUUUUAGUUUUUCACCCUGAUUGGGGUGCGAGGCAAGCAGAGCUUGGCAUGAAAACUUUCACCUAUCCUCUAUUCCCCGGCAUUCAGAGACCUUCCAGUGAAGAGGAUAUUGCCUUCAUGAGUAUUCUCGAAUUGGGGCAACUCAUUAAGGAAAAAAAGAUUUCAUCUGUGGAGCUUACUGAAGUUUUCCUCAAGAGAUUGAAAAGGUAUAAUCCUGUCCUCCAAGCUGUGGUGACAGUAACUGAAGAUUUAGCGUACAAGCAGGCGAAAGAGGCUGAUCAGCUGCUUUCUGAGGGAGUAUACUUAGGUCCUCUACACGGGAUUCCUUAUGGCUUGAAAGAUAUUAUUGCAGUACCCCAAUAUAAGACAACUUGGGGUUCGCGAAGUUUCAAAUAUCAAGUACUUGAUACGGAAGCUUGGGUCUAUAAAAGGUUGAAGUCUGCUGGUGCAGUUCUCAUUGCAAAGCUUGUGACUGGAUCGCUGGCCUAUGAUGAUAUAUGGUUUGGAGGCAGGACAAGGAACCCGUGGAACAUAGAGGAGUUUACGACUGGUUCGUCAGCCGGGCCUGCUGCUUGCACCUCCGCAGGCAUGGUGCCAUUUGCCAUUGGAUCAGAAACUGCUGGCUCGAUGACUUAUCCUGCUUCUCGCUGUGGUGUAUCAGCUUUACGCCCAACUUUUGGUACUGUUGGUCGAACAGGUGUCAUGAGUAUAUCCGAAAGCUUGGAUAAGCUUGGCCCUUUUUGCAGAAGUGCAGCAGACUGUGCCAUCAUUCUGGAUAAAAUUCGAGGCAAAGAUCCAGAUGACCUGUCUUCGAGGGAUAUGCCCUUUGGUGAUCCUUUUGAUGUUGAUCUCACAAAGCUCACUGUUGGAUAUCUUGAGGAUUCUGAGGAGGAGGUUGUUAAUGUACUUGCAUCAAUGGGUGUUAACAUGAUUCCUUUCCAACUCAAUUACACAGUUGACUCAGUUCAAGGAAUACUAAAUUUCACAAUGGAUGUUGAUAUGUUAGCUCAUUUUGAUGAGUGGCAGCGCUCUGGACUAGAUGAUGUAUAUGAAGCUCAGGAUCAAUGGCCAUUUGAGCUGCGCCGUGCUCGCGUCAUUACAGCAGUAGAUUAUAUGCAGGCACAGAGGGCAAGAGGAAGAUUAAUUCAAGAAGUGCAAGAAAGUUUUACAGUCGAUGCAUUUGUUGGUAAUGCAACUGAUUGGGAAAAAGUUUGCAUGGGAAACCUUGUUGGCAUGCCUGUAAUGGUUGUACCGGUUGGAUUCGCACCAAUAGCUAACCCACCUUCAAGUGACAUUCGAAGGAGAAGAACUAUCACAACUGGCAUCUAUGCCCCUCCCAAACAUGAUCACAUAGCUCUAGCAUUGGCUAUGGCUUUUCAAUCAGCGACUGAUCAUCACAAACAGCGUCCACCAAUAGAUGAUCUCGGUCCUAAUGAUUUGAUUUCAAAUACCCCGAGCACUACUUAUCCUCCAAGACAGUUGCGAGCAUGAAUGUACCAAACAAUAAGCUACAACGCCUACACAUCUAUUUCGCUAUUCGCUAGUCAAGAAUAUAAUGUAGCUUAUACGGGCAUGCUGGUUAUGUGGCACCGAUCACAGUGGAGAAUUAAUGUAAUUGUCAUUAUUAAAUGUAAUUAUGGUUUAAGUAAAGGUCAUAUGGCUACCAAAUUUGCAAUUCUGUAAAAAGAAAUUGUCCUCCAUAAGACCGAAAGUGCAUUGAUCCUCUUAUCACUAAUAUCAAAGCUCUCUGUGUUUUGGAUGAGAGAAAGGAAAAUAUGUUAAUAGAAGUAAGAAGCCUUGGUUGACAAUA